AGCCCCCCCUCAGAUCUGCCCCUGGUUAUUCUCAAUACUGCAAGAGAGAACACUUGGUUUUUAAGAGUGAAUUGCAUCAACGGUCCUCGAACUUGGCACAUUGUGUCACUUGGGUCACCGAACUCAGAAAAUCAGCAAAAACAUGUCCUAUAACUUAUAACUUAGUUCGUUCAUAUAAAAUCGUCUAAAACCAGUUUUGCUCAAACCAAAUGUCAGCGUGUCGUGCCACAUUGGACUCACUUGGAUCCAUGAACUUGACAUGUCUCUUUGGGUUCAAGAACUUGGUAUGCUAUGUCACUUGCGUCCCCAAACUUUGAUUAGUGUGCUCCAAUGUGUCAUAUCAUGUCAGCAUCCAAUUGGAGCAAAUCUAGUUUAGACAAUUUUACAUGGAACGACUAAGCUAGAGGACUCGUUUUGCUGGGUUUCUAAGUUCGAGGACCCAAACGACACAACAUGACAAGUUUAAGGACCACUGCUGUAUUUUACUCUAGAUGAAAUAGAUGAAUGCUAAUAUAGUUAAGAGAUUUAACUAGACUCUUUUUGUGCUUUGUCUCGAUUUGAAUGUCGAGGAGGGCCGUCUGUCCCGACAAUGAUUGUGGUGCUAGAAAUCGAAAUGACUCGCUAUAGUUUCUGCUCAACUGCUGAUAAUAUAUAUCGACCUGAGGCUCGAGACGGGUAUUGUCGAAAUGAUCACGUCAUACCGACGACAACAUAUCACCCUCGAUAACCCCACGCCUCGGGAGGACAAAGGAAAAGCCCCAUCCGUCGCGCACCUACAAAAAUAUAGCCCCAUCCGUCAACCUGGUCCACUGCGUCCGUAGUGCCGUCUGCUCCAUGCGCGCCGCGUACGCACGCAUGCACGCCGCACGGGCAUCUCUUUCUCUUCUGCAGACAGGACUGCAACGUAGCAGCAGGCACUGCACUGGCACAGCUAGUUCCGUAGUAUAUUUCAUGGCCCAAGAAGCACACGAAGCUCCAGUAGUCGGUGGCAGUCGCAGCAGCUCCUCCCCUUCACGAGACACCGGCAUGUGGGAGUCUCCUCGGCAGACGCAAGCGCACACGCCCUUCCCCUCCUGGAUCCCCUACGCCGGCACGUUCGCCGCCGGGGUCGGCAUGGUGGCAGCGGCAGACUCGAGCCUGCCGAGCGAGCGCGGCCCCGGCCCCGACUGUGCCUGGAACCAGAGCGCCCCCAGCGUGGGAGCGCGUGACGGGGGCAGCGGCUACCGAGGGAACUACUUCCUGUCUCUGCUCGAUUCGAAGAACGUGACGCCAGAGAUGUUCGAGGACGACGUCGUCGUUCUUCCCGCGGCGUCACCGUCUCGCGACUACCUCGGAGUCGGAGGAGGGGCGGCCGCCGCCGCCAGCAACAUGGCCGGCCCAGCCGCCGCCUAUGGCCUCCUCGACCCGUACUACUCUCCUGUUGUUGCCAGCCGUGCUCCUCCAGUCGACCAUGAGACGGCGAGCUCGCCACUCGUGUACUCGGGGGACGGUGUGGUGCGCGGGACCAGCAUGCCAUGCUACGACGACGACCACGAGGAGAAACGGCCAACUGGUGGCAGGCAGCCGCAGGGUUUUGGAGCUCCCGCGGCCGCGUUUCUGCAGGAAAUGAUGAUCCCGAGCCGAGUGGAGACGAAGCUCCAGAGUGGCCUGGGUUAUUUAGGCAUGGUGUCUCAAAGUCGACUCGAGACCUCCUUUGGCGUCGUGGGGAGCUUGCCGGAUGCUGCUGGUUCUUUCAGUGACGAGUACAACAGCAACAGGUCAAGUGCGGACUUCAUGUCCAGCAACAGCGACAGACUGGAGCAGCGGGUGGGCGGUAGCAGCAGUGGAAGAGGAGCUGCCACGAGGAGGAAAUCAGAUGGAGGGCUUGGAGGAAACACGAAGAAAUCUAAGCAGGAGGCUUCCCCCAAGCAGCCUCAAGCGCCCAGAGUGAAGAUAGGAGAGAAGAUCACAGCUUUGCAGCAAAUCGUGUCACCUUUCGGGAAGACUGAUACAUCAUCGGUGCUGUUUGAAACGAUCGAGUACAUAAAAUUUCUUCAUGAGCAGAUCCGGAUGUUUAGUGAACCGUACAUGACGAAAAGCACGUACAAGGGUCACAUUGGACUCAGAGGCGAAGAGGAGGAAAGCGGGACGGGGCAUGAUUUGAGGGGCAGGGGGCUCUGCCUGGUCCCUGUUUCGCUGACCUCGCAAGCAUACCAGGAUGACACCCUGCCGGACUGCUGGGCGCCCGCGUACAGGGGCUGCCUGUACCGAUGAGCUCGGCAUGGCGACGACUGCAUGGUUAAGAUUCAGCUAGGAUCUGCAACGGCUAGUCGUUGGAAACUCAGAAUGAUGUGCUUGUUUCUCCUUGUUUUAUUGUCCUCUACUGUAGUACUUCCUUUAGUAGAUUUCCAGUGUAGCCCGGAACAACAAGAAUGUAUAGGCAGCAAAUCAGGCCUUGGCUCUCAGAAAAGCCAGUAGCAGUAGCAGAGGUCAGGCAGUCAGAUGACGAUUUGCCGACACAGCUCACAGCCCAUAAUUCCAAACGUUCUCGGUCACAGCGGUCA